UAAAGCCCGCCUUCCCCCCCGUGGGGCGCGGCUGGGAUUGGUUGGCGACGGCUGAGCUGUGGGUCGGUUGAGGGGCGCGUCGCUCUGAUUGGCUGAGGGGAAAGUCGGGAGGGCGGAGUGUCUCGGCCGCACUCCAGUCACUGGAUUGGCUAGGACGCCUGUCAGUUGGUGGCGAGGCGGGAUAAGCGGGAGGGCGGGCUCCGCUCUGAUUGGCUGGCAUGGGUCCUUCCGCCGGAAGCGGUGUUUGAGGGGAGAGGGACGGCGGCGGAGCCGGCGGGGCGGCCGCAGCCAUGAACAUCCGGAAUGCGCGGCCCGAGGACCUGAUGAACAUGCAACACUGCAACCUGCUCUGCCUGCCCGAGAACUACCAGAUGAAGUAUUACUUUUAUCACGGCCUCUCCUGGCCCCAGCUCUCUUACAUCGCUGAAGACGAGAACGGGAAGAUCGUGGGCUACGUCCUGGCCAAGAUGGAGGAGGACCCCGAUGACGUCCCUCACGGGCACAUCACGUCCUUGGCGGUGAAAAGGUCCCACCGCCGCCUGGGGCUGGCGCAGAAGCUGAUGGACCAGGCGUCCCGCGCCAUGAUCGAGAACUUCAACGCCAAGUACGUUUCCCUCCACGUCCGCAAGAGCAACCGGGCGGCGCUGCACCUCUAUUCCAACACCCUCAACUUCCAGAUCAGUGAGGUGGAGCCCAAAUACUACGCAGACGGGGAAGACGCCUACGCCAUGAAGCGAGACCUCACCCAAAUGGCCGAUGAG